ACAAUAUUGUUACAAAGAUAUAUAAACUCCAUCGUCGUAAAAUUAAUAUUUUUAUCGUUAUCAUUUUAAAGUAUUAUCUACCCACCAGUCCUAGGUCCGUUUCCUUGACUGGGAAAGAUAAGCUGAGGUCUCAAUGUCCAUUCGAAUGUAGACAUGGCUUUACUAGUGUAUUUAAAUCCAUUUAAAAUUUUACGAGAUUUUGUCCGAUUACCUAUCGAAGCUUUUUUCGGUCGCCAAUAUUUAGAUUAUAAAAAGAAAACUAACGAAGGUAUUAACAGUGUAAAAGAGAUAUUACUGAGGGCUGGUAUACUUUUAGUGUUUUUAUCCGCUAUUUUAUGGAUUUCUAUAUUUAUGUAUGUUAUAUUUUACUACAUUUAUAUGCCUAACGUAACACAUAUACGGCCCGUUCAUUUACAAUUCAAACCAUGUGAGGAACAAAUAGGAGUUUGUUCCUUCCCAUCGGCACAUGUGCAGCUAACACGACGCACCAGUUUAUUGAUGUCAGGACAGCCAUAUCGGAUAAAACUGGUCCUCGACAUGCCCGAGACACAGAUCAACAAAGACUUAGGCAUGUUUAUGGUUUGCGCGCAACUGCGGGCUAAGGGCGGAGUGUUUGUGUCAUCUUCCUGUCGUGCUGCGAUGAUACGAUAUAGGUUUCCCUUCAGGUCAAAGUUGCACCAUUUGAUAAGAACCACCGUGUUCUCUCCCAUGUUACUGAGUGGACUGGAGGAGGAGAAACAGCAAAUACAUGUCGAGUUAUUCAGCGACUUUAUUGAUGAUCCUGAGUUUUCGGUAACUGACGCGUACAUUGAGGUGCAGUCUCGGUUCGUGCAGGUGUAUGGUUGCGAGUUACAUGUGCAGGCGCAUUUCUCCGGACUACGGUACAUUAUGUACUACUGGCCAAGGAUAUCUGCACUUAUUGGAAUCUCAACAAAUCUUUUUUUCGUAUCACUGAUAUUUAUCCUGAGCUGGUAUCAUCUGCAAGAAGGUCUGCCUGAAUUUAUAAAGAGUAAAUUCGGUGAGAAGGAAAUUAAAAAAGAAGAAUCCAUUGGUAAAAUUAAGUUGGAGCAAGAGAGUAAAGACUUCCCAUUCUUUGAAGACGAGGCGUUGCUACAAGAAUUCCAGAAGUUGGAACAGAAAAAAGCUUAAAAGACUGAAAUUUUAUAUUUUUUUAGAGGUUAUUCCCUCCGCAAAUCAUUCUCUUCUCAUCCUAAGCUUAAAAAUGGUAGGAAAGGGAAGGCGACUAGAAUUUGCUUACAGUACAAACACUCAGACGAAUCGCGUCGUUGUUGGACAUUUGUUAAUUUAUGUUGGUUUGUGGGUUUAAACCACUGUUAAAUAAAAAAAAUGGUUAUU